AUGGCCAUACCACCCGCCGACACUCCCGCACAUCCCAAAAUGACUGCACCUAAUUCUUCGUCCGUCGAUUCGCUCGACAACGUCGCCCCACACUCCUCCACUGUCGCCCCAGUCCCCCACGCGCGUCGAAAAGGCCAUCCAGCAGGCACCAGCUCCACCCGCGUCCUCCAAAACUACUAUCCACCCAAACAACUCGAUCUCGACCCACAAUCCGGCCAAUCCACGCCCUUCAUCCCCUCCGGAUUAGCCGCUCGCGCACCUAUCGUCAUCCGACCCUCCGGUCGUCCCGGAUUCAACGCUCCCAGAGCAGCAACCUUCUUCCUGGGUAAAGACCACGAACGAUGGAGGCAGUACGAUCUAGAACGAUUCUCCGGUUUGUUCGGAUGGGAGAGAAUUGCAAGUGCCAUCAGUAGUAGGAGUGGACAUAGGGGAAGUAGAGGUGCUUUCUCUUCGUAUAGCUCUGGAUCGGAUGAUGAACAUAGUGAUAGUGGGACUUCGUAUAGGUCGAGUAGGUAUAGUGGUGGAUCGAGAAGUAGGAGGCCGUCGGAGGUGAUUACUCCUCCAAUGACGCCGUUUGAUUCGACCGACCCAACGACCAGGCCGAGACGGUUUUCGACGAACGGGCCUGAGGCGGCGUUUUUAAGACACGAGACGGUGAUUGGGAUUCAUACACCAAGGAGGAGAUCUUCUGCUUCGAGCGAUACGCUGCCUUUCUUGAGACCUCUAGCUCAGAUCAGACCGCCUAGUGGACAAGCUAGUGCUGUUGACGUGCCUGAGCCUGGUUCCAAGGCCGGUAGCAGUGAAGCUACAGCAGCAGAAACACAGAAUCAACCAAAGAAAGUCAAGCAUUCAACCGAAGAUCGCACCUCAAAGAAGAAGGACAAGAAGCCCAGCAGCAAAUCGCACCCAACUAGAUCACGCACGAAAGAGGCACCAAAACCCAAUUUCAAACCUCACGGCAUGCUUGACCUUGACGAUGCUGCUAGGCCACGCCUCCGCCGAUUGAGGUCCAAUCUCGAACAAGCAGCUGCUGCUGCCGCAGCCUCAACCGAACCAACACCAGUCGAAGAAGAUGGAGAGGCAGAAGAAGUGCUUGAAGACGCCGUAGGCUUGCAAGCUUCGCUCUCGGAUGCAGCUUUGGAAGGGAAAGGUCCGCUAAGCGCUCAAGAUUUGCGUGCGCUGUUACCUGCAACUCCCCGCUCACCCUUUCCUAGGAGUGCAUCGAAAGAUGCGCCUCCGUUGAAACUUGCUAAACGUCAGCAGCCGCAAACAGUCGAAGGUACGCUCUACGACAAGACAGGUCCAUACCGCGAAGGAGCAGUAACAGAUGGGUUGAGCGUUCGACUCUUCUCUGCGAUCCAAGAACCUCGUACGAGUUCUUUUGAAGAUGCGGAUUUGUCGAAUAGCGAACAUCCAGUGACUAAGUCUUGGGGACGAAGAGGUUCAAGUAGCAGCUUUGACCAUGGUGAUCCAGACGAUGACACAAUUUAUAUGUCUACCGCACGUCGAAGAUCCAAUAGCUCCGGAAUGGAACGACGAUCAUCCCCGCGUUCUUCGUUCAGCGAGAACGAUCCUACUUUCACAACCGAGCCCGAGUCUGCGGUGGACGAUAGUAACCAGGUUUAUUUGAUUACUACACCGGAUAACCGAGUUUCCUCGGCAGCCAAGUUGCGUAGAUGGGCAAUGGAUACAGCUGGAAACUUUUACGCCGCAAUGGAGAUCAAGUCUAUUGAAGCCAAGCUUCGUGCUGCCGAUCCUUCGGCUGGUAGGGUGACACGCGAACUUGCGAAGGAACUCGAAGAGACCUAUCUCGAUGAUAUCCUGGAUGAAGCUCAGAAGGCGCAAACGCUCAAUCCAACCCGGUCUGAGGCCGUGGCGAAGAUCUUGAAAACCGAAGACGAUCGGUAUAUUCGGCUCGAGGAGGAUUAUCCGGAGGAAGCGUUUUUUGUUAUCGCUGGUUGCGAAGAGUCCGAGUUGAACGGAGUGAUUCUUAACAUCUUCACCCAAGCGAUAAGGUCUCUGGCUAGGUUCCACAAGAGCGGAUGGAUGCACGGAGAUGUCAAGUUGGAAAAUUUGAUGUUUGAUGAGAACGGGGCACUAGUGGUGAUUGAUUAUGAAAAUGCGAAUCCGUAUCGAGGGAUUCCCGGGGGGGAUGGACAGGUGCAGUUGGUGAGUUAUGAUUGGAUUCCACCUGAAGCAUCGCCGGGACCGAAGGGAAGGAGGAUGGGUCCGAGUGGUGAUUUUUGGGCGUUGGGGUGUAAUUUGAUUAGGGCGUAUGCAUUGAGGGAUGGAAUCGAAGACGUGUUGGUGAGGGAGGUACUAUUGGGUAAAGGUCAGAAAAAGUUUUUGGAGAGGAUGGCCAAGUCGAUCACCAAAAAGGAGAGAGAAGGGGCGGAUAAGCCUGGAGACGAUUACUUUGCACCGAAGAGUGUCAGUGCUGCUGUUGGAGAAAAGGGAGGGGGAGUGGCAGGUAUGCCAUGGGAUAUCUUCGCACACCACGUCGACCUAGAACUUAUUCUCAACGAUACUGCAGCGGAAGAAGAUUGCGGCUUGUCACAAUCUCAACAAUGGUCAAUGCCCGGAUCUGCGUCUCCCCACCACCGCGACGGGUCUUCCUCCUGCUCGGGUUCUUACGCAGGUAGCACCUUCAGUUCGGGCAAUGCUACAACUGCGACUCCGGAAAGUUCUGUUGGUCCUUCAUCUGGUCAAGUUUCGCCGAAAGCUACUCAUCCCCCCACAAACCCCUCACCCCUCACUGCUACAGUGAACGGAAUGGACACUCCACUCCCAACCCCAGCAAGACUGUUGUACCGCUUCGCACAUUCCGCACCGGAACUUCUAGUUUGGGUGCUAACCCGCUGCAUAGUCGAAGCGGUUCAGCAGAGGAACAUUGCAGAAGCCGAACAAGAAGGGUUGCAGCUUGCGGACUGGGUAGAGAAGGAAAAAGGAGAAGUAUUGGAUUUGGGUAGGAAGGCGGUAGAUGCUGCGAUCGAGAUGAGUGGUUCGGUUUGGGUUAGACCGAGAUUGGAUGAGGCGAGGAAGAGUUUAGGUUUAGAGUAG